ACUGCCUGUCACCUGUGAAAAUGCAUCACUGUUUAUAGUCUGGUUACGAAAAGACAUGUUAAAGUAUUGUCAAUUCAAUGCACUUUGUGAAGCAUUGAUAGGCACACGUUGAGUUGGCCUUCGAAGGUAUUUUUAGACCAGGAAGUUGUGACUGUUGCCCAAAUAUUUCGGUGGGAAACGAAUACAGGUAUGUACAUCCUAGUAGUGACCCUCAUCAUCAGCUCCUGUUUCGUCACCUGCGACGUCCUGGACGGCCAUUCCGGCACCGGGUACUGCACCGAACCAGACAUCGAGAAGCUCCGCCAGGACAUACCGAACCUGUACGCUGAGUACCUCCAUCCCACCUUCCUCAACCUCCCACGACUGCAAACCAUCAUGAAAAGAAAGAACGGCUACAUCUACCCAUUCAGCAAAAAGUUCAUAUCCUUCUUCGGCGGCUACCGGAAGUGCUCCGACGCCCGGAAGGCGAUUCGAAAACAUGGCGGCAAUCUGUGCCCAUCGUACUUUAUUCUGGAAUAUGACCCGGAUCGUAUUCCACGAGAACUUGUUCAGGCAGAUUGCGCGUGCGACAGGUGCUUUCUGAGACGUCGUCCACGUGCGCGUGAAGAGGUCGUGGCUCACCUCGGGUGUCGUAGAUUGUUCACGCACACCCAGGUACUGAGACGAGCCGGGUGUAUCCAGGGUGUGUGGACAUAUCGGCUCUACUGGGAGAGGGUGUCCGUGGCGUGCAGCUGCAACCUAUUGUUCAGUCGACCGCUGCCCUGACAACAUCAGGACACACAUAGACAUCAUAGAUCUGUUUGAAGGGUUAAUGUAGCGAUUUUUAGAGUAGGACCAUCAAAUAUAUAAUGUAAAAGGAAUUCUUGGUUAACUUGUAGCACUUACCACUGGCACUUGUAACAAAUAAACGACGGACGCCAA